GCAUUUGUUUUUCAGGCCACUUUUCGUGUUGCGAUCCUAAGAUGGCGUCCUCUCAUUCAAAGGGUAGUGAUAUUGAGUUGACUGUGGUCCCGAACCUUUCCACCGACAAGCAAGAUGAUCUUGCGCUUGCAAGAUUGGGAAAGAAGGCAGUGUUAAAGAGGCGAUUUGGUUUCUUAUCAGUCUUGGGCUUUAGUUGCACAGUCUUGAUUACUUGGGAAGGAUCUUUAUUAUUGUUUCUGGUGGGCUACCAAAAUGGUGGUCCCGCGGGUGUCAUCUAUGGCUACCUUGUUGUGUGGAUCGGUACCGUAUCUGUGUUCAUGGUUCUCUCCGAAUUGGUUUCUAUGGCUCCAACCUCCGGCGGACAAUACCACUGGGUCUCGAUGCUAGCACCACGGCGUACACAGAAGAUCUUGAGCUAUACAUCUGGUUGGCUUACGAUGUGCGGCUGGCUAGCUUCGUUAGGAUCCGGAGCGUAUCUUACUGGCGGUUUGAUCCAAGGUCUCCUCAUCCUUUGCCACCCGAACACAUAUGUUCCUCAAAACUGGCAUGUCACUCUUCUGUACUGGGCGGUGAUACUCUUCUGCGUCUUUAUCAAUGUGGCUGCAGGGUGGUUGCUUCCCAAGUUCGAAGGGGCACUCUUGGUGUUGCACAUCCUGGGGUUCUUCGCCAUCCUGAUACCACUGUUGGUCCUCGGCCCUGAAGGUGACGCCCACGAGAUCUUCACGACUUUUGUCAAUAUGGGUGGAUGGGAUACCCAGGGGUUGUCCUUCUGCAUUGGAAUUAUGGGGAGUGUAUUCGCGUUUGUUGGUGGCGAUGGCGCAGUCCAUCUGUCUGAGGAGAUCCAGAAUGCGCAGAUAGUCGUCCCUAGAUCAAUCAUGACGGGCAUCGCGAUUAACGGGUCUUUGGGCUUUGCUAUGGUUCUCACUGUGCUCUUCCGCAUGGGUGAUAUGGACGCAGUCUUGGAAGAAAAUCCCGCAUUCCCGUUCAUGGCCGUCUUUCACCAGGCAGUUCGAUCCAGAUCGGGUGCUGCUGUGAUGGCCGCUAUCAUCGUCGUUCUCACUGUCAGUGCCAACGUUGGGUUCUCGGCUUCGACUUCGCGUAUUUGCUGGGCAUUUGCGAGAGACCGGGGCCUUCCUGGCUGGCGUGUUCUUAGCAAGAUCAGCGACAGAACCUCGAUUCCUGUAAACGCGGUCGCCUUUACGAGCCUCGUUGCUUGCAUCUUAGCCCUCGUCAAUCUAGGAUCCACCUCCGCCUUCAAUGGUGUCAUCUCAGUCUCAAUUGCAGGACUGUUCUCCUCAUACCUCUUGACCUCGUGCCUCCUCCUCUAUCGACGCUGCACCGGAGCAAUCCUCCCGAGCAGUGGGGCUCACGACCUCGGCGUACCUUCCACUACCGAUGAUGGUAUGAUCCGGGCUAUGUGGGGACCGUGGAAGGUACCUGGUGUACUGGGCAUUGCAAACAAUGCUUUCGCAUGUAUCUACCUCUUGUUUGUGUUCUUCUUCAGCUUCUGGCCGAGCUACAAGGAAGUCACGCCAGCGACUAUGAACUGGUCGAUCUUGGUAACUGGUAUAAUCGCAAUUUUCAGUACGGUUUACUAUCUUGUCUGGGCUAGGAAGAGUUAUCACGGUCCUGUCAUUGAUAUCAGCGGCUAGUACGUUCGAGAACAGCGUGUAACUCCAGUGUACAUGAAAAUUAUAGGCAGCAACUUCGUUUGAGUUUGCGAAGCGCUCCGGAGCUGUGUGAUGACAAGGGCAAUAGAUGGUCCAC